UUUCCUUCCUUCCUUGGAUGGGUCUUGUUGGUGGCACCCUGGUUGUGAUGAGGAGCUCUGCUGCUUGCCUGCCUGCCUGCCAUCUCUGGGGGAAGCCUCUCCCUUGGCUGACUUGCACACACAUACACAGCACACACACACUUCCCAAAGACACACAAACUGCGAGGGAAGGAGUGAGCGGUGUCGGCUGCACCUCCUGACCGCCAUCUCGCCCCCAGAAAACUUUCCCCCGCUUCCCCACUCUCGGGGACUUCCUCUGGAGCUUUUGUGUGUGGGGGGAAGAAGAGGAGGAGGAGGAGGAGGAGGAGGGCCGGGCUGGAUCUUGCCAAGCUUUGCCUCCACGCUUUGGGGAGGAAAAAGACGGCGGAGGAGAGUGUCCCACCCGCCAAAGGGCGCCUGUCCCUGGGGGCGGCGCUUCUUCAUCAACAUCACCAUCACUAUUAUUGGGGGGCACCCGAGUUGAGGCACCGCCUCCCUGAGGGGACCUUUCGUGGAGGGAGGAGCCUCCGGUGGCUCAGUGUGUUAAAGCGCUGAGCUGCUGAACUUGCAGACCGAAAGGUCCCAGGUUCAAAUCCGGGGAGCGGAGUGAGCGCCAGCUGUUAGCUCCAGCUUCUGCCAACCUAGCAGUUCGAAAACAUGCAAAAUGGUUCCUAAAAAUAGAAAACUGGCCUGAAGUGAAAUUAGGGGAAGCUGAGAAUUUGGCAGCAUUCCCCCGUCUCCCAGAAUUUCUUCAUUGUUGAAUCUAAAGAUCUCCAUGGUAACUCAAACCCCCAGCCUCUUCUUGGCAGCCUGCAAGAAGCAAUUUUUAAUAGCUCAGAGGUCUCAAAGCCAGAGUGUGGAUCACACUUCUUGCAAACCUCAUCAUAUUGAGGUGGGGCUAAGAUGAGCAUAACCAGUGACGAAGUGAAUUUCUUGGUGUAUCGCUAUCUUCAGGAAUCAGGUUUCUCCCACUCAGCCUUUACUUUUGGAAUAGAGAGUCAUAUUAGCCAGUCCAACAUCAAUGGAACACUAGUGCCACCUGCUGCCCUCAUCUCCAUACUUCAGAAAGGCCUGCAGUAUGUGGAAGCAGAGAUAAGCAUCAACGAGGAUGGUACAGUGUUUGAUGGCAGACCUAUAGAAUCACUGUCGCUGAUAGAUGCCGUAAUGCCUGAUGUAGUGCAGACCCGGCAGCAGGCUUUCAAGGAGAAGUUAGCUCAACAGCAAGCUAGUGCCGCACCAGCCAUAGUGACAGCAGCUGCUGCUACAGCAACCACGACAGCUGCAACGACAAAUGCUGUCCCACAGCAGAAUACACCAAAGAACGGAGAAGCCACUGUGAAUGGAGAGGAGAAUGGGGCGCAUGCAAUAAAUAAUCAUUCAAAGCCGAUGGAAAUUGAUGGGGAUGUUGAAAUUCCUCCUAACAAAGCAACAGUCCUCCGGGGUCAUGAGUCAGAAGUGUUCAUUUGUGCCUGGAAUCCUGUCAGUGACCUACUAGCAUCAGGAUCUGGAGAUUCUACUGCCAGAAUAUGGAACCUUAAUGAAAAUAGUAAUGGUAGCUCCACUCAAUUAGUUUUGAGACACUGUAUAAGAGAAGGAGGGCACGAUGUCCCCAGCAAUAAGGAUGUAACGUCAUUGGACUGGAAUAGCGAUGGAACACUACUGGCUACAGGCUCAUAUGAUGGAUUUGCAAGAAUAUGGACAGAAGAUGGAAAUCUGGCAAGCACCUUAGGUCAACAUAAAGGACCUAUAUUUGCUCUGAAAUGGAACAAAAAGGGAAAUUAUAUUUUAAGUGCUGGUGUUGAUAAAACCACAAUAAUCUGGGAUGCUCAUACAGGGGAAGCCAAACAACAGUUUCCUUUCCACUCAGCACCUGCUCUGGACGUAGACUGGCAGAACAACACUACUUUUGCAUCUUGUAGUACUGACAUGUGCAUACAUGUAUGCAGACUUGGCUGUGAUCGUCCUGUCAAAACCUUUCAAGGCCAUACGAAUGAAGUCAAUGCAAUCAAAUGGGAUCCUUCUGGCAUGCUUCUAGCAUCAUGCUCAGAUGAUAUGACAUUAAAGAUUUGGAGUAUGAAACAAGAUACAUGUGUACACGACCUACAGGCGCAUAACAAAGAAAUUUACACUAUCAAAUGGAGUCCAACGGGACCAGGUACCACCAACCCAAGCUCCAACAUUAUGUUGGCAAGCGCUUCAUUCGACUCUACUGUUCGAUUGUGGGACGUUGAUAGAGGAGUCUGCACUCACACAUUAACCAAACAUCAAGAACCCGUCUACAGUGUAGCUUUUAGUCCUGAUGGAAAAUAUUUAGCCAGUGGGUCUUUUGACAAAUGUGUCCAUAUAUGGAAUACUCAGAGUGGAACUCUAGUACAUAGCUACAGAGGCACUGGGGGAAUAUUUGAAGUCUGCUGGAAUGCUAGAGGGGAUAAAGUGGGAGCCAGUGCAUCAGAUGGAUCGGUUUGUGUUCUAGACUUGCGGAAGUAAAUGUUUUAGAAGAAAUUACAAAUGGACCAGCAUUGAAUGUGUGGGUGGAAGCACUCUUCAAAACUAUUUUUAACAUCUCUAGAAAUGCAAGAACUGGGGGAAAUAUACAGAAAUUGGGGGGGAAAUCCUAGAGUGUACAACAAAAGCAACUCUCCCAGGUGACAGUAGCCUGCAACGUUUUGUCUGUAACCUGCACCAAGGAGCUGAAACACAAUCAUGUAGUAGGGGAAGGGUGUGGAGACCGUUUCCACAAGGAACCUUCACCCUUUGAAAGGAAGCAAGCAGGCAGGAGUCCGCUACAAGCUAAAACCCUGCUGUGUUUGGUUUGGGUCUCUGAGAACGUGUUCUGGUGGCUGCAGAAGAGAAGAGAAAAAGCUGUGCCAAAUAAUAAUGAUGAUGAUGAUUACAAUGAUGAUGAUGAUGGAAAGCAAAACAAAAAGAAACCCUAUAAAGCGAAAUACUUCUAGAAACCAAAAUGGGAAAAAUAAUCCUUCUCCAUGCGCUAUUGUAUUUUUUUCCCUUCCAAUCUGGACACUACAGUUGCUCUCCCAAAGGACGUUCAAAGACCAGUUUGUAUUGAUGUCUCACACACAAACUUUGUAAUCACAACACUUUCUAUUUUCUAGACUACUUUUGUUUGUUCAGUGGUUGGUUGUUUUUUUUUCUUUCUAUCAGCUGGAAUAUUAUAACCUUGAGGAUCACAGGCAUAGGUUUGAACUGAAUUUCGUUCUUUCUUUCCUUCUGUGCCCAUUUUUGUAUGUCUGUUUUGCUUUGCUUUUUACCCUUUAUGCCUACAGUAAAUGUAGCCAGGUGGGUAUGAUGAAAAUUUGUAAGAGAUUGCUUCUCUCCUCCUUUUUCCCCUGCUUUCAUCUCUCCUUCUUCUUUUUCUCCCAGCUGCUGCUUCUUUUUAAAAUAUUUCCAUGUUUCACUCUUAGUGUCUCAAGGGCACUUUCAACAAAUUGUGUAAUAAGUGCUUUAUGUAAGAAUGCAGUGCCGGGAAAGAUUUUUACAGGAGAAAGAUGACCUUUUGAAAAAGAAAGAACCCAGUGUAUUUUUGGAAAGGAAAAAGUAGUAGUAUUUUUUAUGUUAAUCACAAUUUUAGAAGCUUAAAAUCUCUGCCAAGAGGUAGUCUGGAUCAUAUUAGAAAUUUGAAAGAACAAUUCAGUUGGAUCCCAAUGCACAUUUAAAGAUGCAGUUUCUUCAUUUACCUCCUCCACAAGAAAGACAGUUUAGUUUGCUCAAUCCUAUUUUUAAGUAUUUUUUAAAAGCUCUCUGAUGAACUAAACUUUUAUGGUUUAAAUUUAUUGGCAGGUACAGGUUGAGCCUCCCUUAUCCAAAUGGUUUGGGACCAGAAGUGUUUUGGAUUUUAGAUUUUUUUUGGAUUUCGAAAUACAAAUAGUAUAGCAUGUACUGUGCUUGAGAAGCUGGAGACAGAAAGAGUGAGAACCUGGAGAGGCAUGGAUUCAUAUCUGGCUGUUUUAUAGAUCCUCAGUCUCUUGCCAGUCUCAUGUCUCAUAGGGCCCUUCUACACUGACAUUUCAUCAUUUAGGAGGAACCAGUUUUUAUGUUGGUGAUUAAAUUGACAGGUUAGAACUGGUUUGAGGCUGGGUUGGUACUGUAAUUACAUUAACCACAGAACCUGGCUUCAAAGUACUCUUUGAGUCUCGUCCUUCCAAUUUGAGGGAGAGAUGUGCAACAGCACUCUAGAGAUCUAGGGCAGUGAUUCUCAACCUGUGGGUGUCUUGGUCCCCAGGUGUCUUGGUCUACAACUUCCAGAAAUCCCAGCCACUUUACCAGGUGUUAGAAUUUCUGGGAAUUGAAGGCCAAAACAUCUGAGGACUCACAGGUUGAGAACUUUUGAUCUAGGGUAAGUGACAGGGAACCUUCCAAGGGGGUCAUAUAGCACCCUGUUAGCCAGCCAUACAUUCUGAAUUCUACAAAGCGCUUCAACAGGAGUGGGUGUCUACCGUGCACUCUACAUUCUGGGGUAUCUUGGUACCUGGGGUAUAUUGGGAUCUGCUGCAACACAUUAAAGGACUUUUUUUCGUGCACUCUGUCCACUUUAACCUGUGCUGCAGGAGACAUUGGCAGCAUGAGUUUUGUAGCCGCUGCAGUUUCGAAUCAGCUUGGAGCUGCAUUAAAUUGUCAGCGUAGAUAGGGGUAUAAGCAACAGGAGUAGUGAAUGAAUGAGAUGCAAGGCUGGAAAGAGGCUGAGUAUCUGUGAAAUGGCAAGAAUCCAAGGGUAGUGCUUGGCGUGAAACCACACAAUUCUGCCAUUUCAUAGAUCCUCGCAUCUCUCUUCGGCCUUACUUCUUGUUUAUUCAUUACCUGUGCUGUGUUUGAGAUGUGAGGCUGGAGAGAGACAGAGGAUCUGAGAUACUUUAUAUCCUCUACUGUUCAGGAGAUCUCUGAAGAACUGGCAGCCAUCCACUUCUGUCUUUUAGGAUCACCACAUUCUCAAAGGCAGAAUCAAGUGACUGGCAGUAAGAAAUUUCAGAUUUUUGAGGUUUUAGCAUUUUACAGUGUAUAGGCAUGUUAUUAUUUGUUGACCACCUCUUUUAAGAAAUAGUGUCUCUGUAGGAGACAUUUGCAGUGUAGUUCACUUUUACAGACAACUUCUCCGGAACUCCAAGCUAAUAAAAACUAAACACUUUCAUAAACACUUGCCUGGAGGGCAUCUUAUCAAUGGGAAUUUUUAUUGAGUGGAUAUGUAUUGGCUUAUAGCAUAAAAGACAUUAAUGUGCAGUAACCAAAAUAUCAAAAAAGUCAUUUUCUCCAAUUACCAAUUCUGGAAUAUUACUAUAAUCACCUCUGGACUUACAGAAUCAUAGAGUUGGAAGAGACCUCGUGGGCCAUCCAGUCCAACCCCAUCAAAUAGCAAGAAAACCACAUUCAAGGCAGGUGGAUAAUACUAUUACAGUAGAGUCUCACUUAGAAUCAUAGAAUCAUAGAAUAGUAGAGUUGGAAGAGACCUCAUGGGCCAUCCAGUCCAACCCCCUGCUAAGAAGCAGGAAAUCGCAUUCAAAGCACCCCCGACAGAUGGCCAUCCAGCGUCUGUUUAAAAGCCUCCAAAGAAGGAGCCUCCACCACAGCCCGGGGCUGAGAGUUCUACUGCUGAACAGCUCUCACAGUGAGAAAGUUCUUCCUAAUGUUCAGGUGGAAUCUCCUUUCCUGUAGUUUGAAGAUGUUCUGUAUCCUAGUCUCCAGGGCAGCAGGAAACAAGCCUGCUCCCUAUGACUUCCCCUCACAUAUUUAGACAUUCUCAGCUUUCUCUUCUGUAGGCUAAACAUUCCCAGCUCUUUAAGCUGCUCCUCAUAGGGCUUGUUCUCCAGACCCUUGAUCAUUUUAGUUGCCCUCUUCUAGACACAUUCCAGCUUGUCAACAUCUCCCUUCAACUGUGGUGCCCAGAAUUGGACAAAGUAUUCCAAGGGUGGUCUGAUGAAGGCAGAAUAGAGGGGUAGCAUGACUUGCCUGGAAAUAGUCACUAUACUAUUUAUGCAGGCCAAAAUCCCAUUGGCUUUUUUAGCUGCCGCGUCACAUUGGAGGCUCCUAUUUAACUUGUCCACGAGAACUCCCAAGAUCUUUUUCACACAUACUGCUAUCGAGCCAGGUGCCCCCCAUUCUAUAGAAAAAUGUAAAAAAAGGAAAGUAUGGUAUAUAGUAUAGUAUAGAAUAAGUUCUAUAUUUGCAAUAUCUUCUAUAUAAACAAAAUGUAGCAAUCGCUACUUUCCAAACUGCAUAGGAAAGUUUGGAAAGUAGUGACUGCUACAUUUUGUUUAUAUAGAAGAAAUUGCAAAUAUAGAACUUAUAUAUUCAUUAUUCUAUACUAUACUAUAUACCAUACUUUCCUUUUUUUACAUUUUACUGUGGAUUAUAGACGUCUGUGCGUUUCGCCCCGCAUUCUAUAUCUUUGCAUUUUUUUUUUCUACCUAAGUGGAGUAUCUUGCAUUAGUCUCUGUUGAACUUCAUUUUGGAAGUUCAAGUUCAACAGAGACAAAUGCACGAUACUCCACUUAUCUUUAUCUAAAAUAUUUAUCCCUUUGAAAAGGUUGGUAAGCUCUAUAAAAGGUGGAUACUGCAUCUUUAAUAUGUAAACAUUGGGUUCCAAUACAGUUUUUUCUAAGGCCAGAUAUGUCUAGGGUUCAACAAGUAUUAGUCCCCUGAUACAUAUAAGAAAUUGCAUUUUAAUUUUUUUAUUUUAAAAACAAACUAGCUAAUUUUAGAGUCAAGUGAAGUGCACUUUGUUACAUGUAAGGGUCAUUUUCAGGGGUUUGUACUUUUGUUCUUUUUCUCCAUUUUUCUUUUUUGCCUUUUAAAAUGCGGUUGUCAAUUGCAGAAUUACUACUUCAGCCACCUACGGAUAGUUUGAAUUCUGGCUUCUGAAGUUUUAUUGUCUGUGUCAGACUUGAAGCCAGCUUGGUUCUCAUUUCAGCAUUUCCUAGGUUCUGUUGAAACAAUAUCUCCUCCCUGUCUGUUUUGCCUAUCACCCCUUCUCUCAUACUCACACACACAAACACUUUUCAGCAAAUCACUUUUGUGUGUUGUAGUUCAUUUGUUUCAAGGAGAGAUUCAACAGAUCAUAUUCAGUGUCUUGAAUAAAUUGCUAUAUUUUGAUAUUAGAAAA